AUGUCGUGGCAAACGUACGUCGAUGAACACUUGAUGUGUGAUAUUGAUGGUCAUACCCUCACUUCCGCUGCUAUCAUCGGCCAAGACGGCAGCGUUUGGGCUCAAAGCGCUUCCUUUCCUCAGUUUACCCAAGAAGAAGUGAAUGCGAUUAUGAAAGAUUUUGAUGAACCUGGAUCUCUUGCACCAACUGGGUUGUACCUUGGUGGCACCAAGUACAUGGUGAUCCAGGGUGAACCUGGAGCUGUUAUUCGAGGAAAGAAGGGUUCUGGCGGUGUCACUAUCAAGAAAACCAGUCAGGCACUUGUAAUUGGUGUGUAUGACGAGCCUUUAACUCCAGGCCAAUGCAACAUGAUUGUGGAAAGGCUUGGUGAUUAUCUAGUUGAUCAGGGUCUUUACUUUGGAGGCUUGCAUGUUCCCACAAGAAGUUGGAAUUUCUUGCAGUUGCUCGUGUUUAAAGUUGAAGAUGUGUCGGGGUCUAAUGGAAGUACAAAGCUGUGGCUAGUCUUUUCAAGGUGUAAGGAAAUGCAUUGCAGAGACCGGAAAGGUGCACCUAGCCAUGGGUCAUUGGAUACCAUUCCUUGUGCGCUGGUCAUUUGGUUAGUAGGUGGAAAUGCAUUGCAGAGACCCAAAAGUGCACCUAGCCAUGGGUCACUGGAUGUCGUUCCUUGUGCGCUGCUCAUUCGGUUAUUGGGUGCAAAACUGGAGGGUAACAGAUCAAAUGAUAUCGUUCCUGGUGCGCUGGUCGUUUGGUUGGGACCGUGCUUCAGAGGGGCCAGCAUUUCUUCUAUGAUUUAUGAGGCCCAUCUUUCUUCAAUAGAAAGAACAAUAAAUACUGUCAAGAUUGGCAGAUUGCAUCCAGCGGCAUAUAUAUAA